AUGGACGAAAGCAACGUGGCCGAGGAGGCCGUGCAGAGCCCUGCACAAGAAGAGCAAGCAAAUGAGCAAAAGGAACAAAAUGAGGAAAACGCACCAAGUGGGGAAAAUUCUCCCAAUGAAGGAGAAAAUGUCCCCAGUGGAGAAAAGACACUAAGUCCAGAAGAUUUCCUAUAUGACGAAAAUAAAAUUGUUUACACAAAGAAUGAAUUCCUUUACGCGUACGUUGAAUUGAUCCUCAAUGAGAAGGACUUGGGGGAAGACCACGACGUCCCCUUAUGCAGCAACCAAUUUAAGUUCCCCGAGUUACUUAGCGACGUAAGAAAAGGGGACGAUGAAAACAACCAGUUGGGAGGUGAAGAAGGAGAUAAUGGAUACAUGAAAAGUAACGCACUUGGUGAUGAGGAAGAUGGAGGAGGUGCCUACAAUAAGCAGCACUAUAGAAGUUUUGCAGACAGAGCAGGCGCCUCUUCUUCAGGCUUUUUCAACAACGAAAAUGACAGAGGAAGAAUUAGAAAUGACUUUUUCACCAGGGAUAGUAAUAACUUUAUGAACAAGAAUAAUCUUCAAGAUUCGACCGACUCUAAUAAUCCAAGGAACAACCAGAACAGGAGGAGCAACCAUUUGCUAAAGAACAACAGGUUUAUUAAAUUCUUCGAGGGAGGCAAUGCAGGCGCGUUUAACAACGGCGCAAACAACGGCGCUAACAAUGGAGUUAAUAAUGGCGUUAAUAGCGGCAGUAAUAGCGGCGCCAAUAACAGCGCCAAUAACAGCGGCAACCAACCCUAUGGAGGUUCAAAAAAUCAGUUUGAGGCUGUCUUAGGGGAAAACGCCAACCGAAACAACUUCACCAGGAAGACCAGUUUCCAUGCCGAUGGAAAUAAUCCCGCCUUCAUGGGCCAAAACAAUACCGGCAAUAACGCCAUGGGAAGUGGUCCCAUGGGAAGCGGCCCCCUGGGAAUGAACGCUGCAGCCAACAAAAACCUGUGGAGGGAAUUCGAUAAAGGCAUUUCCUCAUGGAGAUGCUCCAAAACAAACAACAAGACAAACGAAAAUGUGAAAAAUGAUCCUAAGAUAAGAGGUCCUGGCAAAGGGUUUACCAAAAAUUUUGCGGACAAUGUAAAAAUGACUUCACCUUCCGCACAAAAUUCAGACGAUGAAAAUGAUAAUAAUAAUAAUGAUGUGGCGAGAAAUAUGAACAGGAACAACUACCCCAAGGACAGAGCAGGACCGAUGCACAUGAAGAGGGAAGACAUGUUUAAUGACCAUCCCUUUGCAUACAAAAAUUUGAAUAUGCCAAAUAAUAUGGGUCAAACGAACAACAGCAGUGGUGCUUUUAUUAACCACUUCAACAACAACAACAACAACUCCAGUGGUGGAGGUGCAUAUAGCUACCACAUGGGAGGAAAUCCCAUGGGACGCCAUGCACAAGACAAUAACGACGGAGUACGUAGCAACGCAGCUGGUGUAGUGGGAGACACCACCAACAAAAGAUCAGUAGAAAAUGCCCCUAACUUGUUAAACCAUUCGAGUGGACAAAACAAGAACCUCAAUUUUACCUCCCCCUCUUCUGCAUUCUAUGGUAAUAAAGGAGCUGGUAACAAUAGUGGGCCCAAGAAAGGUUACAAUGAUAUGCACACCAUGAUCGGUACUAACGCCACGGGUAGCAACGCAGCCUUCCUCUCAUCUGGUAGCGGCAUGGCAGGCAUCAACAAUGUCAACGCAGCUGAUGAGUGGAAAAUGAAAAAAUACAAAAAAGUUCCCGCAAGUGGUAACAACCAAGAGCAGCAACAACAACAACAAACACGCAUGGGGGAAGAGAAGGCCAAGAGAGGAGGAGAUGGCCGAAAUGAAUUUACUAAUAUUUUUAUGAACAAAGGUAACGAGUCUAACAAGAUAAACAUGCAUGGCAUGGGGUCCGUGCACGAUAUGAAUUUGUACAGUUAUGGUGGAAACAGUGCUACUGGAUCCUCUGCUCUUGCUGGAGGAAUGCACUCAAACGUGACUCACAAUGUGAAGGGCAGCGGAGCUGGUAAUUUGACCAAGGCAAAUAUAACUAAUAGUAACAUGACGGAUGGAAGAGGCGGCAACCACACUAUUAGCGAAAUGAAUAGGACUGGGGUAAAUGACACAUCCGAUGCGCUGCUUAACAGUAUGGGGAGGAAAAUGGGCAGAGGUGAACCAGGAAUGGGAGGCAACUUCAAUGCGCCUCAUGAAAUGAUGAGGGGUCCACCUGGCCACACCAGUGGCAAUGUAGGUGGUGGAAAUAAUCACGGCGGUAUUGGAAGUACCCCCUUUAAUGUGAAUCGAAAUGCAAAGGGAAACCAAAAAAGAGAUAAUAAAAAUGACAAGAACGUAGGGGAAGAUGAUUGGAGCAACAUAAGAAGAAAGUCCAGCUUUGUUGACACGAAGAAGGCGACAGACGAUUUCAUGUGGCACAAAAUGAGCGAGCAAUUUGAUAAGAAUAAUAAAAUGUCCUUCGACUCGGUUUACCUCAAAACAGAUCACAGCAUCGCGGCCAACCUAAGCCGAGGUAGAAACUAUGAUCAGAGCACUGGCAUGAAGAAUGAAAAGAAGGACGGCAGUACAGAGGGUAGUAGUAACCACACUCUUGGUGGCAACGUUGGAGGUAAUGCCUUUUCUGCACUGAAGGGAAAGAAGGGAAACGAUGGCUCCUUGCUGGGUGUUACACCCAACAGUGCAGGAUUAAAGUUGAAUGAGCAACAGAAGGGAGCCUCCAAUCUUCACGUCUUGGCGGAGGACAAACCUGGUGAUGGAAGCGGAAACAACAAACUAACGGCGGAAAAAGGGAAAAAGAAGAAGAAAGGAGAUAAAGAUGGUGGAAAGGGUGGCGAAAAGAACCAGGAAAAGGACAAGCAAAAUGGGAAACAAAAUGGGAAGCAGAACGGCAAGGACAUGCCCACGGCACAGGGAAUGGAGGACCAAAACAGACAAAUGAAAACCCCCGGCGAAAAUGUUAAAAUGAACCCUAAGGAAACAAGUAAUGAUAAUAUAUAUAAUUCAUUUCAUGAAGAAAAUAAUUCUGCACUUCAUGAAAGCAGCUACUAUAAAUUUGCCCUUAAUGAAAAAAAAUAUGUCCAUAAGAAUAAUAACCUUAACUUUAACCCUAAUCCUAACCCUAAUGUUAAUGUUAAUAUUAAUACAAAUAAAAAUAAAAACCUUAAUGGAAAAAAGGAACUCAUUUUUAAUAAAUUAUAUGAUGUUGAUAAAAUCAAUUUACAGGAAGAACAUAGGGGAAUGAUGAUGGUUGCCCACAAAAGUGAUGAGCACGACCUGUGCAGAGAGCCCAGUCAGCAGCCUUACCGCAACAUGGGUGGUUCUUCCUCCGCGCAUCCACAGCAGCAACAGCAACAUACAUACGGCGGCCUACUCCAAACGCACGGUUCUAUCAUCGGAAAAACGGACAAGAGAAAUUUAUUUGACACCAACAAGAAUACCAAACCCGGCUACCCGUUCCAGGAGAAGGAGAACAACAGCAACCUCAACGAACGCUACUUCUUAUCCAAUCGCUACGCCAAGUAUGACCAAUUUAAGAACAGGAAAAUUUCGGAAGACAGGGAAAGCAUGAUUGGGAACAUCCCCCAGGAGAGUCUCCUGCACAAGAUUAAGCGGAAGAACAUGAGCACUGUACACAGCAUGAACAAUGUGAGUAGUAACCCGAAUGAUAUACGUACGAACAAUUUACACAGCCUGGAAGGCACGGACCACACGAGCAAUGUAAACAAUAGCGGUGUUAAUGGUAGCAUUUUUCCUCACCAGAACAAUCACAAGGAUCACGGAGGGGCCCUCCCCAUCAGUCACAUAAAUGAACAGUUUAACCCAAAUCAACUCUUGAACAAACGAAACGGUAGUUUAGUUGACCUGGUCAGUAACCCUAACUGUAUGGACGAAUCGGUCAGCAGCAGUAACAUGUCGUACCUUCUGUCCGUCAUGAACAACGCAGAGACAGCAGUAGGAGCAGCAGCAGGAGUAGGCGGUGUCACCGGCAUGAGAUCCACGCCCACCACUACGAAUAGGAACGGAAGCGCCGUACUUACCAAUGCAGUGAAGGGAGGUGGAAGACCCGCCCACCUCAAUCUAAACCAACCCCAUAUGAACAACCAGAAGUACUACACCACAGCAGAUAUUGAUAGAAGCAGUGAAGAAGGGGCAAUGGACAAGGAACAGCUAACGAUGAUGGAAAAACAAAAUAUCCUUUUAAAAAAAAUGAUGAGCAAAAUUAAAAUGGAUGAAAAUAUGUACAACAAAUUAAGCGAUAAUGAAAAAGAAGAAUUGCUAAAGGAGCUAGCUUUAACCAAUGCUAAACUUGUGGACCCAUAUGGAUAUGCUCAGGAAGAUACAUCCCCCCUGCUUAGCAUGGUGGGAAAAAAUCUGUAUCACCCUGCUACAGGUAGUAGUAGUAGUGGUCUUGAAGGGACACAUCUCAAUUUGAAGAACACCACCAGUAACAUGGAGCUUAUGAAGCACAUGUAUGACAGCAGUGCCGGUGUGAAGGACAGGAACAGUAGAUCCAAUAUAGCCACAACAAACAUUGCUGCCUCCCCCUUCGGGAAUAAUUACUCUAAAGGGCAGGCAGAGGACGAACUGGCUCGCUAUCGCCACGACGGUGAAGACAAUGGCGAGGAUGGCAAUAAGGACCAGUGUAACUUGAAAAAUAAUAUUAAUCAUCAUAUGAGCAAAAAUGAGGCAUUUUCUUCCUAUGCACAGGAAGUGGAGUGCGCCGGGAGGCAUGUCCUGUAUGAGGACGGAAAGAGGAGAACGGCACUAGAGGAGGGAGAGAAAGAAGAGCAUUCGGGUAAAAUUGCUGGUGGGCACUCGACUAGCCAAGAAAACACCUCCCCCCCCACGCAGAGUAACGAGAAAAGCUCCUUCAUGAAUGUAAGUAGGUGGCUAAAAUACUUCAGCAGCAGUAAGGGCAAGGAGCAGGUGGAAAACGCUCACGUAGCAGCAAAGGAGAAGGUCAUGCAAAUGAAUGAAGUACAUCAAAUGCAUGAGAGCAAUGAAGGGAGCUGUACUGAUAAGGGAACCCCAUCUGCAGGAGCAGCAGCAGGGGUAGCAAGCGCAUAUGGUUAUAACAACCAAGGAGCUAUCACCCCAGGGAGAAGAGCUCCUCCACAAAAAGGUCACAACAACAAUAGUGCUAACUACACAGGAGAUUCUUCAAAGCAUUUGCAUGAAGAACCGAAAAUUGUAAAUACUAUACUGGGUGCCAUGAAAGAGGAAAAGAAAAGUCAACCAUACGACAGGGUGGAUAUUAUUUCCUCCCCCCCCUGCCCUCUUAACGAAAAUGUUAGCAGCGGCAUACCCACAGCGCGUAACCUCUUAGCUGAUUUUUCACACAAAGGAAUGAACUCCACUGGAGAAGGCCCACACAAAAGUAGAAACAACCAAACCACCGCGGAUAUACCCAACAAUGAAUACAUACACAUUAUAAACAGAAUAAAUAAAAUAAGAGGAGACGUGUGGCAGUACAAAGACCCCGCAGGAAAUGUGCAAGGGCCAUUCUCAUCAGAGUUAAUGUUCUACUGGUGGUCCUUGAAAUAUUUUCCACAAAACUUACCCAUUCGAUUUAAAGAAAAUAUGCCUUGGAUUAGCUUCAACGAAAUGUUCCCUCCAGGGACGUUUCCUUUUGUUCUUCCACUGACUAGCUUUUCUAAGAACAAUUACAACCUGCUCAUGAAAAAAGAUAAUGAACAUUCUUCUUCUGCUCAGCAGAAUAACGACCUUGCCAAUAGUAUGGAAGGUUUUAAAAGGAGGUCCUGUUUGGAAACGGAACCUUUGGUAAAUAAUCACCUGAAUAGUGGUGGCCAAGGGACGAGCGACACGAACAAUUACCUCUACGUGAAUGCCACUGCUACCCAGUUGAACCAUUUGAACUAUGUGAAUCAUUUGGUGAAAAACCAGGAUAAUUUAUCAGGCAAGGGUUACAACAUUGAUCUGGCAGAGGGAGCAACAAAAACGACCUCCAUGUACAAUGACCAAGAGUAUGUAGACCCGCGCGAUGGAGGGAAAGCCAAAUCGGAAGGCCUCAUACCAGAGAGAGGAGCAGAGAGAGAUACGCGGGGAAGGACAGUAAAUUCCACCAGUAGUGGUAGCAGUGCUCGCACCGAUAAAGAAGUUACUGAUGUGGAAAAGUACCUCCUCUCGGAUGACGAUCGUGAUGAUCAUGUUAAAAAAGCAACUCAAACAUACAAAGCGAGGGGGAAUGUACAGAGUCAGCAUAAUUACGCGGGAGCGCAUCACUCGGGAGUAGUACCUUCCGUCUCCACAUCAGCAGGGAUAGAGGCGCAGAAGUUUCCCCCAUAUUACAAAGAAGGGGCAAGAGCCAUGGAUAAUUCGUUACACCAGAACAGAGGCGAUUUUAGUACAUUGCAUCCUAGUGACCCCCACCGUGACACGAAAUUACCCAGCGGGGACAAAGGGGCAGUUCUUCCACAUGAAGACGGAGAUCAAGAUCCCUUUGCCAAGACAAUCAGAUGGAUGCCGGAAAAAAUGACAAAUUUUCCAAAGAUGUUCGAAUUUGCUCUUAACGCAGAGGGGGAAGGAGCAGAGGAACAGAAUGAGAUACAAAAGGAGAUAGGGGGAAAGUUACCUCCAGGUGCAGUCCCUGCCCAACUACAAAACAAUGGUGUGGCACUCCGAAAUAAAAAUCAGCACAGAGCUGGCGAUGAAGAGGUAUCUACAAAACUUCGUGACAAUAAGACGGGUAGCCCUAGUGAUAAGCAAAUGAACAAAUAUACGGUUAGCCAUUCUCCCAAUGCGAAAACUACGGUGAAGAGCGGUAUAGAACAACCCAGUGAUAAAUUCAACACACAGAAUAAGAGUAACAACGUGCUGGUGAGUGACGACACCCUACCCUCUCCAACUGAGGCAAACGCUAAACGAAACGUCGCCCACCAGGAGGGCGGCGGAAAGGCUAAGACGAAAAUGGUCCCAUCCGCUGGCGGAAGCGGAAAGCAAGCUAAGGGCAGCAAGGCCACUGCGGGGAAAAUAGAGGAGGAAGAGGACAACAGUGAGGAAUACGCCACUGUUAAAAAGGACAAAAAGGACAAGAAGGAUAAAAAAGGAAAAAAGGAAAAGAGCGAAAAGGGAGAAAAGGCAGACAAUACCGGUAAAGCAGAUAAGGUGGAAAAGACAGAAAAGAAAAAAAACAAGAUCAACGAAAAUGCCAAAGCAAAGGAAAAGAACCAUCAUCAGAUGGAUAAACAAAAUGACCCAGACAUGACCAGUGAGAUGGGGAUGAAGUGGGAAGAGGCAAAGAAAAAGAGAAAGGGCGAUCAUAUGGUUAAGGCCAAAGCUGAUGAAGGCGAAAAGGAGGUAACGAAAAAGAGUAACAACACUAAAAAGAAGAAAAAGGAAAGUGGUACAGAGGUGGUAGGUAAGAAUGGAGAUGCGCGCCUACCGCAACAAUCCGAGUACGAAGAACAGCAGCAGCGCGAGAAGAAGACCAAGAAGGAGGCAAAGAAAACUGAUGCCAACAAAGCGGGAACUCCCAUCACCCCAAACACUGCCACCGCGACCACCGCGGCCAGCCCCAAGGGGACCGAAAAAAAAACAGAAAAAAUGAAGUGGAGUAUAACGGGCGAGAGAAAAAUCGACAAGCUGGUCGACAUCAUGAAGGGAGAACAGAAGAGUGUAAAUAUGCAAAUAAAAAUGGAAAAUUCAAAAAAAAAAAUGGCAGCCAAUGCUAAUGGAAAUAACGCAAGUGGUGCAAAUGGCACGGUGAAGAAGUCCGGCUGGGAUGUCUCCUUCAGCACAAAUGUGAAAAAUUCAGACAAUGUAAAUUUUCCGCAUUUGUUGUCCACAGGAGGAGCAAACAAACAAAGCAAAGCAAAGGCUGGGGCGAAAGGAAGCCUACCAAAUAAAGUUAGCUCCCCGAACAAGGACAAUGCAAACACGACUACCAAUGGUAGUGGUGGAAGCCUUGUCCCUUCCUCAAUGGCAGUCCAUAACAAUAACGCCAAAGGAGGAAGUGUGGGCGCGAAGAGCAACACAGAUGCGUCUGGUAAAAAACAGAGUGAGAAGAAAAAAUGGAAAAGCGAAAGCGGCGAUAUGCAGCUGAGCGAGGAGGACAAGAAGUUCCCACCUCUCGUCAAUUCUGCGUCUGUCAAAGUCGAAAGCACCAAGAAGAAAACGAACAAUAACAACAACACCGAGCGGGAACUAACAGACCUGAAGCAACUGACGAGCAUGUGCAAGCUCCCCCUGGACGACUCCCUCUUGAACUUUCUAAAGAACUUCAAGAAGGCGGACGAAAUUUACGCCUUCCUCCAACACAGCGUGGAAGAUAAAAAGAAGCUGACCCAGUUUGCCAAGGAGUUUAUAAAAAUAAACAGCAAAAAUGAUGUGAGUGCCCAAACGGCUAAGAAGAAGAAGUAG